AUGGUUAAUUUCUGUCAUGUUUAUUGUCUAAUCAGUUCUGCUCAGAGUCUGGAAAACAAACUGGAGGCCCUUCAGUGCCAUUUCACCUGGAACCUCGAUCCUGGAAGUCACAGUCUUACUUUUAUACAGAAGAUUGUAGAGGACUUCGGCACAGAAGAGGGAAACAUUUGGCUGGGUCACAUCUACAACCUGCAGGGGUUCAUCCAGUACAAGCUGGGCUCCUCUAAAGAGGCCCUGAAGUUCUUCAGCCGAGCCACUGAGACCUUCAAACGUCUUAAAAACUCUGAUGAAGGUCCCUGGUUGAUAGUGAACUUUGGGAAUCUGGCUUGGCUGCACCAUCUUAUGGGUGAAGAUGAGAAGAGUCAGGAUUACCUGUCAAAGGGUGAAGCUAUGAUGAGUAAAUACCCGGCUCCACCUGAGCAAGACCUCCACCCAGAGGUCUGUGCUGAGAAGGCCUGGACCCUGAUGAGGUUUGACGAAGAAGAAGCUGCCAAGCUCUUCCAGAGAGCCAUAGAAAUGCAGCCAAAUAACAUAGAAUGGCAGAGCAGCUGGGCCAUAUUAUCAGCGGACACCUUCAGAAAGAGCAGGAACAGAAUGAGUCCUGAUGUCCUGGAGAAACUGAGAUCUGCCACAGAAAAUGAUCCAGAAAACCUAUAUGUUGCUGCCCUUUAUUUGGAGGCACAAGCUUUACAAAUUCAGCAUGAAGUUCGAGAAUUGGCUAAAAAGGUCCUGGAGAGGUCUACAAGCCGUUACAAUGGCAUCACCCCACUACUACGUCUCUACAGAGAAUAUAUAUCUAAAGAUGAAGCUGUUGAGUUAGCUGAGCAGGCCUUGAAGAGAGAUCCUGACUCACGUGUUUUAAAGAGAUGUGCAGCUAUCUGCUACGUGAAGAAGAUUUUUCCUCCAGACUUCAAACCCAAUACUCCAAGAAGAACAAUCUCUCGAGCCAUCACUCUCUGGGAGGAAAUGUUGGAGCUCUAUGGGGAAUCUAAACUUCAAGACCAAAUAACUCUAGCUGAUUUAUAUGCAAAGGUGAAUCCAGAGAAACCUGACCACAUUUACAGAGAGCUGCUGGACAGAGAAAAUCUGGAUUCAGCAGAGAAACAAAUGCUUUACCACUUUUAUGCUAAAUAUUUAUUUUUCAAUAAAGAAAAUAGUCACAGGUCUAUUGCGUACCACAUGAAGGCAGCAAUGAUUCCAGAAGUAUCCAGUUAUCGACAGACGAGCAUCAAUGAGCUGGAGAAGACCUUGGAAAGAAACAAAAAUCCAUCAAAGAGCAAGAACAGAACUCCGACAAACCCUAAAUUGAUUAAAAAGAUCACAGAGCUUCUGACCAGCCUGAAAAAUCAGCCUGAAACACAGAAUCAGUGA